AUGAUAGUUGGCUAUAGAAGCACAAUCAUAACCCUUUCUCAUCCUAAGCUAGGCAAUGGGAAAACAAUUUCAUCCAAUGCAAUUUUCCAGAGAUCAUGUAGAGUAAGAUGCAGCCACAGUACCACUUCAUCAAUGAAUGGUUUCGAAGAUGCAAGGGAUAGAAUAAGGGAAAGUUUUGGGAAACUAGAGUUAUCUCCUUCUUCCUAUGACACAGCAUGGGUAGCUAUGGUCCCUUCAAAACAUUCACUAAAUGAGCCAUGUUUUCCACAAUGUUUAGAUUGGAUUAUUGAAAAUCAAAGAGAAGAUGGAUCUUGGGGAUUAAACCCUACCCAUCCAUUGCUUCUCAAGGACUCACUUUCUUCCACUCUUGCAUGUUUGCUUGCCCUAACCAAAUGGAGAGUUGGAGAUGAGCAAAUCAAAAGAGGUCUUGGCUUCAUUGAAACGUAUGGUUGGGCAGUAGAUAACAAGGAUCAAAUUUCACCUCUAGGAUUUGAAGUUAUAUUUUCUAGUAUGAUCAAAUCUGCAGAGAAAUUAGAUUUAAAUUUGCCUUUGAAUCUUCAUCUUGUAAAUUUGGUGAAUUGCAAAAGAGAUUCAACAAUUAAAAGGAAUGUUGAAUAUAUGGGUGAAGGAGUUGGUGAAUUAUGUGAUUGGAAGGAAAUAAUAAAGUUACAUCAAAGACAAAAUGGUUCAUUAUUUGAUUCACCAGCCACUACUGCAGCUGCCUUGAUUUAUCAUCAACAUGAUCAAAAAUGCAAUCAAUAUCUUAAUUCAAUCUUGAAACAACACAAAAAUUGGGUUCCCACUAUGUAUCCAACAAAGAUACAUUCAUUGCUUUGCUUGGUUGAUACACUUCAAAAUCUUGGAGUACAUCGGCAUUUUAAAUCAGAAAUAAAGAAAGCUCUAGAUGAAAUAUACAGGCUAUGGCAACAAAAGAAUGAACAAAUUUUCUCAAAUGUCACCCAUUGUGCUAUGGCUUUUCGACUUCUAAGGAUGAGCUACUAUGAUGUCUCCUCAGAUGAACUAGCAGAAUUUGUGGAUGAAGAACAUUUCUUUACAACAAGUGGGAAAUAUACAAGUCAUGUUGAAAUUCUUGAACUCCACAAAGCAUCACAAUUGGCUAUUGAUCAUGAGAAAGAUGACAUUUUGGAUAAAAUUAACAAUUGGACAAGAACUUUUAUGGAGCAAAAACUCUUAAACAAUGGCUUCAUAGAUAGGAUGUCAAAGAAAGAGGUGGAACUUGCUUUGAAGAAGUUUUAUACCACAUCUGAUCUAGCAGAAAAUAGAAGAUAUAUAAAGUCAUACGAAGAGAACAAUUUUAAAAUCUUAAAAGCAGCUUAUAGGUCACCCAACAUUAACAAUAAGGACUUGUUAGCAUUUUCAAUACACGAGUUUGAAUUAUGCCAGGCUCAACACCGAGAAGAACUUCAACAACUCAGGAGGUGGUUUGAAGAUUAUAGAUUGGACCAACUCGGACUUGCAGAACGAUAUAUACAUGCUACUUACUUAUUUGGUGUUACUAUUAUCCCCGAGCCUGAAUUAUCCGAUGCUCGUCUCAUGAACGCAAAAUACAUUAUGCUCCUGACUAUUGUCGAUGAAUAUUUCGAGAGUUUUGCAUCUAAAGAUGAAUGUCUCAACAUCAUUGAAUUAGUAGAAAGGUGGGAUGACUAUGCAAGUGUAGGUUAUAAAUCGGAGAAGGUUAAAGUUUUCUUUUCAACUUUUUACAAAUCAAUAGAGGAGCUUGCAACAAUUGCUGAAAUUAAACAAGGAAGAUCUGUCAAAAAUCACCUUAUUAAUUUGUGGCUUGAAGUGAUGAAGUUGAUGUUGAUGGAACAAGUAGAGUGGUGGACAAGCAAGACAAUACCAAGCAUAGAAGAGUAUUUGUGUGUUACAUCUAUAACAUUUGGUUCAAGAUUGCUUCUUCUCACAAUACAAUAUUUUCUUGGAAUAAAAAUAUCCAAAGAUCUUUUAGAAAGUGAUGAAAUAUGUGGCUUAUGCAAUUGUACCGGUAGAGUUAUGCGAAUCCUUAAUGAUUUACAAGAUUCCAAGAGAGAACAAAAGGGGGUCUCAAUAAAUUUAGUCACAUUACUAAUGAAAAGUAUCUCUGAGGAAGAAGCUAUAAUGAAGAUGAAGGAAAUCUUGGAAAUGAAUAGAAGAGAGUUAUUGAAAAUGGUUUUAGUUCAAAAAAAGGGAAGCCAAUUGCCUCAAUUAUGCAAAGAUAUAUUUUGGAGGACAAGCAAAUGGACUCAUUUCACUUAUUCACAAACUGAUGGAUUUAGAAUUGAAGAGGAAAUGAAGAAUCACAUUGAUGAAGUCUUUUACAAACCACUCAAUCAUUAA